ACAUUUCCCAGAGUGCAGCGCGGUCAGGGGUCAGUCUGCGCUCUGUGUGGAGAAUGAAGUUUAAACUAGUGGAUAAUUUGACAGAUAACACGCAAAGGAUAAACAUUGGAAGCGUUAUCGAUGUUUUUCGGGUUAGUAAGACUGUAAUGAAGACGUCGAGCUGAUUCCUGCGCACUUUGUCCGUUAUAAUGAGCGCAUGUUUGACUCUUUUUCCCGCGAUGUCACCGCUUUUCCUAAGUUGAUGCUAGCUGUCUGAGCUAACGGCUAACAAACCGUCGCUGAUAUUCCACGUUAAACUCUCAAACAUGAACUAAACGGCGGCUUUUUGCGUGUUUCUGUGUUUUAUUAACUGUUAAAAUACACUUUACACCUGAGUAUCGGUGCACAGAGCCGGGGGAGGGGAGCGGAGGCAGCGGUCAGCAUGACGCUCGCCCCGAAGGAGCUGUCCAACCUGCUGGGCAUCAUCUCGGAGGAGGCCUGCACCAACACCUUCGAGAGCCUCUCCACCGCCUUCCACCACUACUUCGGCAAGGCGGAGCACUUCCGGGUGGGCUCGGUGCUGGUGAUGCUGCUGCAGCAGCCGGACCUGCUGCCCAGCUCCCCGCAGCGGCUCACCGCCCUCUACCUGCUGUGGGAGAUGUACCGCACCGAGCCGCUGGCCGCCAACCCGUUCGCCGCUGUGUUCGCCCACCUGCUGAACCCCUCACCUGUGGGCGAGGAGCAGGAGAAGGUCCUGUCCGGCUUUCUGCCUCCCAUCACUCAGCCAGAGAAGUUCUUCCUGUCCCAGCUGAUGCUGGCUCCUCCCAGAGAGCUCUUCAAGAAGACGCCCCGACAGGUUUCCUGCAUGGACGUGGGCAACAUGCCCCAGGCCAUAGACAUCAGCGGGCUGCAGCUGGCUUUGGCAGAGCGUCAGUCUGAGCUGCCCACGCAGAGCAAAGCCAGCUUCCCCAGCAUCCUGAACGACCCCGAUCCCGAUUCGUCCAACUCGGGAUUUGACAGCUCGGUGGCCAAUCAGAUCACAGAGUCUCUAGUCACGGGACCCCGCCCUCCACUGGAGAGUCACUUUCGUCCGGAGUUCAUCCGGCCGCCGCCUCCUCUGCACGUGUGUGAGGACGAGCUGGCGUGGCUGAACCCCACCGAGCCGGACCACAGCGUCCAGUGGGACCGCUCCAUGUGUGUGAAGAACAGCACGGGAGUGGAGAUCAAACGCAUCAUGUCCAAGGCCUUCAAGAGCCCGCUGUCCGCCCAGCAGCAGUCACAGCUGCUGGGCGAGCUGGAGAAGGACCCCAAGCUGGUUUACCACAUCGGCCUGACCCCGGCCAAGCUGCCUGACCUGGUGGAGAACAACCCGCUGGUGGCCAUCGAGAUGCUGCUGAAGCUGAUGCAGAGCAGCCAGAUCACCGAGUAUUUCUCUGUGCUGGUCAACAUGGACAUGUCGCUGCACUCCAUGGAGGUCGUCAACAGGUUGACCACCGCUGUCGACCUUCCUCCUGAGUUCAUCCACCUGUACAUCUCCAACUGCAUCUCCACCUGUGAGCAGAUCAAAGACAAAUACAUGCAGAACCGUCUGGUGCGCCUGGUCUGCGUCUUCCUGCAGUCUCUGAUCCGAAACAAGAUCAUCAACGUGCAGGACCUGUUCAUCGAGGUGCAGGCCUUCUGCAUCGAGUUCAGCCGCAUCCGCGAGGCCGCCGGCCUCUUCCGCCUCCUCAAGACCCUGGACACCGGAGAAAACCCCGCCGAGGCCAAACCUGCCAAAUAACGCUCUCACACAGCCCAUGUACAGAUGGCAGAAGUGGGUGAGCUGCCAGAGACGGCCCGCCCCCCCCGCUGAGAGGUGAAAAACCCUCAGAGGCUCUCCUCCCUCAGUACUGCAUUGAUAUGAUCUGUUUGCCACUGAUGUGACCUGAGGAGAAGCCGCAGUGUUGUUGGAGCUGUUCAAGUCAGACUUGAUACUGUAAAUAUGUAGUGAUGAAUCCUCCGUGGUCUGGAGUCCUGCUCUGACCCGACUCUGUUCUCUAACUGAAGAAAACCAACAGGCACAGCAAAACAACGGACUCACUUUUGGAAUUCUGUGUUGUUUUGUUUUUCCUUUUAGCUGAUGCCCUUUCUGCAGGAAACUGAUGCUUUGUGAGUUUUGUUUCAUUAAACCGACUGAAGUGUC